AUGGUUUUUCCCUUAAGUAACGGGACUGACUCCACAAUCCACAUGAGGGUUGAAUUUGUUGGUGCCUCACACACGCGCCUCCUCUUCUCCUCCAUCUUCGUUGGGCGUUCCUCUUCCCUUCACCACUUAUCCUCCUCCGACGACGCCUGCAACGACGCCGCCGCCGCCAUCUUAAACGACAUUGCCGACUCCGACAAACCAGAUUUGUGUUAUGCUGAAACGUUGAAAUUGUUGGCAAUCAACCUUCCUUUAACCCAGCUGCAAACGACCCCAGAACAUACACACCCUGAUAACGACUCUCUUAUAUUGCUCAAGAGGUCGCAAGCACCAGACGCUGUCUCCCCCAAAGCUCACAGCCACCUGGUCAACUUUCAUAAGAACAUGGAGAUACAGGAUUUUUCGGAUGACAUUGAUGUGAAAGUUAAAAAAUACCAGAGAGGUGAAAGUGCUGAUUUAGAGGGUUUGAAAGACAAAAAAUUGAAAGGCCAACUUGCUAACAGAGAAGAAUUAUAUAAAAAGUCUGCUAAUGCUGCUGCUAAAGCUGAGAAGUGGCUUAUGCAAACUGAGAGUGGCCUUCUGGAACCUGAAGGUAUUGAAAAAACAUGGAGGUUUAGUCAACAGUCUAUUGCUCAGGAAGUGGAUGUUGCUAGUAGAAAGAAUCAAUUUGAUAUCAUCUUACCAGAUCUUGGUCCUUACACCAUUGAUUACACCUCAAGUGGGAGAUAUAUGUUGACAGCUGGACGAAAAGGCCACCUGGCGAUUAUGGACAUGCAUACUUUGAAACCUGUUAAGGACUUUCAGGUUAGAGAAACUGUGCGAGAUGCGGUGUUUUUGCACAAUGAAUUGUUCUUUGCUGCAGCACAAAAGAAAUACACAUAUAUUUACAACCGUGCUGGCACGGAACUUCAUUGCCUGAAGGAACAUGGAGCAGUGUUGAAGCUUCAAUUUCUCAAAAACCACUUCCUUCUAUCAUCCAUAAACAAAUCCAGUCACCUCCGCUACCAAGACAUCACCACCGGCCAAAUAGUGGGAAAUUACCGAACUGCCCUUGGUCGGUCGGACGUUUUACAACUAAACCCCUACAACAGUGUCAUCACCUCCGGCCACUCGGGCGGCACAGUCUGCAUGUGGAAGCCCACCACCUCCACCCCGCUGAUCAAAAUCCUCUGCCACCAUGGCCCGGUCACCGCCAUCUCCUUCCACCCAAACGGCCACCUCAUGGCCACCUCCGGAAUGGACAAGAAAAUCAAAAUCUGGGAUUUAAGAACCUACAAAACCCUACAAACUCUCCCUGGAAAUGCUAAAACCCUAAGUUUCAGCCAAAAAGGCCUCCUUGCAGCUUCCACAGGUUCAUUCACACAGAUUCUACAGACUUCAGAUUCUUCAAAUUACAAUCGAUACAUGAUUCAUACAAUGGCGAAAGGUUACCAAAUCAAUAGAAUCCAAUUCCGACCUUACGAAGACGUGCUCGGAAUCGGACAUUCCAUGGGAUUCUCCUCGAUUCUGGUUCCGGGCUCCGGGGAACCGAACUUUGAUUCGUGGGUGGCGAAUCCGUUUGAGACGGUGAAGGAGAGGCGGGAGAAGGAGGUGAGGGUGUUGCUUGAUAAACUGCCGCCGGAAUCGGUGAUGCUGGACCCCACGAAGGUUGGGAAUAUGAGGGAGGUGAAGAGGAAGGAGAAGAAGACGAAGGCGGAAGUGGAGGAGGAGAAGGCGGCAGCGGUGGCUGCCGCUAAGAAUGUGGCGGUGAAGAAGAAGACGAAAGGGAGGAGUAAGCCGAGUAAGGUGGCGAGGAAGAAACAGGAGGGGAUUGAGAAUGCAAAGAGGGGUUUUGUUGAGGAGAAUGAAGGAAGGGAUAAUAAGAAGAAGCAGAAGAGGAUUACUGAGGUGAAUGAAUUGCCAAUUGCUUUGCAGCCUUUUGUUAGCAAAAAAGGAAAGUAAGAUUUGGUUUUGAGAAAUUUUGUUAAUUUUGUAUUAGAAAACCAAAAGAAACCAGAGCUUGAGAUUCGAGAAUCAAUCUACCAAAAUUUUGUUUAAGUUCAAAGUCAAACUUGUUUCACUAAGAGGUUGUUUGCUUCUUAGAAUGUUUUUGAAAUGAAAUGAAUAGAAUGUCACAGCAUGAAUCGGAAUGUGAUUGGUUGGAAUGAAAUGAAACGG